CCCCAGAGGCGCGGCCUCGGCAGGCUGUGGGGCAGGCGGUGUUGGCGGCUACAGCGCAGUUCGGGCUCCAGAGGAGCUCCAGGAAAAUAAUGAAUCUGUUCCUGGAGCUUCUCCUGUUCCUGGCCACGCUUCUCUACUCCUACCUGGAGGCUUUUGUGAAGCUGUUCGUGCCUGUGAGGAGAAAGUCUCUCGGCGGGGAGCUGGUGCUCAUCACGGGCGCUGGCCAUGGCGUCGGGAGAGCGACCGCCUUGGAGUUCGCCAGGCGCCAGAGCAGGCUGGUUCUGUGGGACAUCAAUAAGCACGGGGUUGAGGAGACGGCGGCAGAAUGCCAGAAGCUGGGAGCCACUGUUCAAACCUUCGUGGUGGACUGCAGCAAACGGGAGGAGAUCUACAGCGCUGCAGACAAGGUGAAGAAGGAUAUUGGGGAUGUGACUAUCCUGGUGAACAAUGUCGGUGUGAUUACAGCUGCCGACUUUCUCUCGACUCAGGACCACCAGAUAGAAAGGAUGUUUGAAGUCAACAUUCUGGGUCACAUGUGGACCACGAGAGCUUUCCUGCCAGUCAUGAUGAACAACAACUAUGGGCACAUUGUCACGGUGGCUUCAGCAGCAGGUCAUUUUGUGACUCCUUUCAUGGUGGCAUAUUGCUCAAGCAAGUUUGCUGCAGUUGGAUUUCAUAAAGCUCUGACAGAGGAGCUGUCUGCCCUUGGAAAGAAUGGAAUAAAAACAACAUGCCUUUGUCCAGUUUUUAUAAAUACUGGAUUUGUCAAAAACCCCAGUACAAGGCUUGGAAAGAUUUUGGAGAUUGAAGAAGUCGUACAGGCUUUGAUGGAAGGAAUAGUGACCAACCAUAAAAUGGUUUUCAUUCCACCACAGCUAAACAUUGCUUUGCUUUCUGAAAUGCAUACUGCUUUCAGAGCAUGUAAUACUCACCUACAUCUGUACAAUAUUGAAACUUCCUGGAUCCUGCAGCAAUACUGCAGUUCACAUACUGCCCACCGAUACCUGGCUUUGGAAUUGUCCUAAAAGGCCAAGAAUGGACUCUAAUUAGUCAGAGAUUGGGUGUUUCCAGAACGUGCCCUGAACCUUCUGAAGAAGAUGACCAUUCCAAAGUUUGAUGCAGUCAUUGGGCAGAGAAGCACACAGUGAAAAGCAAGAAUUGAUUCUCAUUUUCCAGAGGCACCAGUGAAAAGAGAACAUGUGCUGAGCAUAAUUCAGCUGCCUUGAUUUGGAACAGAGCUCAAGCGGGUGCUUCCAGGCCACCAUUCCCAGGCACACCUAAGGGCUUGGGCUUAUCUCACACCUGCAGCUAGAACACACCUGCAUAACAGGGUGUAAUAAUAGCAGGCUGCAUAAUAGCAAAGCACUGAUGCGGCUCUAGAAGGGCUGCAUUGAAUGUAUAUCCCGUCACCUUUGUCUCAUUGUGCUGGGGCAGGCAGGAUGCCCACAAAGAUCAUGUUUGGGACAACAUAGCUCCUUAGUUGAGUGCAAAGGGAUUGCCUGAAAACAUGUUAAUCUGGACUCAUCCCUGAGCAAAAGCAUCUUGCAAGAAGCAAUUUAUAGAGGAGGUGGGUGGCCUGUUUCAUCUCAUUUAAUAAUUUUAAGUUUAAAAAAAUGUGCUCUGAUGAACACUUAAAGUUUCAUGUGCAUUUAUAAUGAGCAUUAUUGAAUUAUUUGUAUUAUUGAAAUAAUACAGUCUUAUUAGUAAUGUAAUGCCUAAUUACAACAUUUAUCAAUUAUGCAUUAGCACCACGAACACUCCAUGUUACAAAUAAAUACAUUUUACUAACCCAAA